CCAUUUUGGAUUUAGUGUAGUGCCAGUUGGGGGGGCGGUGACAUAUUUUCUUGUCGUCGUCCUGUAAUUUCAUAAUUUUAAUAUAAAAAUAUAACUAGUGUUUCUCAGUGUAGAAUAAGUAGUUUACGUCAGGACUGAGCAUGAUGAUGGCGGGACAGACAAUAAACGAUAGGCUCCUUGCCGCUCGCCAUAGUAUUGCGGGGCAGGGAUUAGCCAAAUCUGUAUGUAAAGCCACAACCGAAGAAAUGAUUGCACCGAAAAAGAAACAUUUAGAUUACCUAGUCCACUGCACAAACGAGCCGAACGUCUCCAUACCACAGCUGGCCAACCUCCUGGUGGAGAGGACACAAAACACAAACUGGGUUGUGGUGUAUAAAGCGCUGAUUACAGUACACCAUCUGCUCGCGUAUGGGAACGAGAGGUUCACGCAAUAUUUAGCGUCGAGUAAUUCGACGUUUCAACUAAGUAAUUUCUUAGAUAAGAGCGGGGUGCAAGGCGCCGCCGGUGCCAGAAUCGGCUAUGAUAUGUCACCGUUCAUACGGCGGUACGCCAAAUACCUCAACGAGAAGGCACUAUCCUACAGGACUGUCGCCUUCGACUUCUGCAAGGUUAAGAGGGGCAAAGAGGAAGGUUCCCUCCGCAUGAUGAAUGCAGACGAGCUGCUCAAAACCUUACCAGUGCUGCAGGCUCAGCUGGACGCGUUGCUGGAGUUCGAUUGCACAGCCAACGACCUGACCAACGGCGUCAUCAACAUGUGCUUCAUGUUGCUGUUCAGAGAUCUCAUUAGAUUAUUUGCGUGCUACAACGACGGUAUAAUCAAUUUGUUGGAGAAAUACUUCGACAUGAACAAGAAGAACUGCCGCGAGGCUCUCGACCUCUAUAAAAAGUUCCUGAUUAGGAUGGAUAGAGUUGGAGAGUUCUUGAAGGUGGCAGAAAACGUGGGUAUAGACAAGGGCGAUAUCCCCGACCUUACUCGUGCUCCGAGCAGUCUGCUCGACGCGCUCGAGGGACAUCUCGCAACGCUUGAAGGCAAGCGGGGAUCCGCGGCUAAUACGCCCACUCAGACCGCCAGCGCGCAAAAGAACGUAGCGAACGUGAUGGGUGCUCUAUCAUCGACAUCGUCGUCGUUCGGCAACGCGGCUGCCGCGGGGCGGAUAGACUCGCACGCGAACGGCUCGCUGCUCAUCGACGACUCGCUGCGGCAGCAGGCGUUGGCUGAGGAAGAGGCCGCUAUGAACCAGUAUAAGGUCCACUUGUACCAAGGCGAGGGUCUCACAGGCGAGGAGGAUGUUACGCAAAUAUCUGAGUUAUUUAAUAAAGUCCAAUCACCAACGAACUCAGCGAACAACCCGUUCCUGUCCACCCAGCCGCAGACGCAGACGCAGAACAUCGUCGACCUGUUCGGUCCGACGCCGUCUGACACUACGAGCACGGCGAGCAAGGCGUCUGACGAUCUGUUGUCGCUCGGCAACCCGUUUGCUGACAUGUUUGGAGGCGGGCAACCGCAACAGAACGCCACCGCGUGGCAACAACAGAGCAACGGUUUCGCGGCGACGUUCCCGGCGACGAGUGGCGCUAACGGUGGCGCAACAUCGGCCAACAGUUUCGUCUCUGAGGCUAGCUUCACUAACGUUUUCAGUGGCAACGACGCGACAGCGGCGAACCCGUUCAUGGGUAUGGGAGACCCGCAGCCGGUGUCCGCGUCCCCCGCGCGCCCGCCGCCGCCCAACCCGCAGCCAAAGUCCGCGUUCGACGACCUUGAGGACGUCAUGCGCAUGUCCCUCGGCGGAUCGCCCGCCAAACAGCCAAUCACGCAACAACCGAUGGCCCAACCCAUGGCCCAACCGAUGGCCCAGCCGUUCGGCGAUAUGAUGGGCGUGAUGCAGCCGAUGGGCCAACCGAUGGCCCAGCCGAUGAUGUUCGGCUCGCCGGCCAGGCAGCCGAUGGUGCCGAUGGCAGCUAUGGGUCAACAACAGCAACAACAACAACCGAGCAAAGUGCUCACCGGUGACUUGGACUCGUCGCUCGCGCAGCUCGCCAACAACCUGACGAUCAACAAGAGUGCGUCCGCGCAGAAACCAAUGCAGUGGAGCUCGCCGAAGAACGCCGGCGGUUGGAGCCCGCAGCCUAUGCAGGCGACCACCGGCGCUAACUAUCGCCCAAUGGGACAAGGCAUGAGCCUAACACCACUGCCACAUACGUUACCCCAUAUGUACCACACCCCACAUUUUGUUAUGGAGCAGACACCAAUGCAGCAACAACCGGGCAUGGUAAUGGGCAUGAACGCGUCCCCAAUGAUGGGCAUGGGAGGCAUGCCCAUGCGCCCGCCCGUACCGCCGCAACCAACCAACCACUUCACUUAAAUUGUCUAUAACCACACACUGUUCACAUCUACAAACCAUCGAGCUAUUCCAGAAAACCCCCCACCAUAAAUUUUUACAAAAAAUCCAAAUUUUUCGCAAUUUUUUCUCGAAAAAUCUCGAUGGUCUUUGAGUUCUGAAUCAACCGAUUCGAUCCACUCAAAGGUUACUUAACAUAGUUACAGAUUAUAUACGUCACAGAUAAUAAACGUAGCGUUGUUUAAUCUGCAUUGUAUAUACGAUUGUGUUAGAGACGAUAUGCGCUUAGGUUCAAAGAGUUUAUCGGGUAGGUGGAUUUUUUUUAGUAUAGAAAUGUUUUGAGUCAUAUGAUUUGUAAAUAUUGAAUUAUAUACAGCGGGCGCUUCCGUUCGGACAUUGUUACGUAUUUUGGUCGGUUUCAACUCGUUUGCGGUUAGGCUUUAAGCUUCGUUAGAUUCUAGUGCGUAACGGUUUUCCUUAGCACUUUAAAUUUAUAUUGUAGGCAUGUGGAUUAUUAUUUUUCAUCCGUUUGAUCGCGUAUGAACGUUCUUAUGAUUUGGAGAUCUAGAAGUGGUAUUUUUUCUUGGUAAAAAUAUCAACUGUAUUAGCUAAACUAUAGUCAUUUUUAAUAAACUAAAUAUAUAGGCACUUCAAAUUAUGUAUUUUGUAUGGGUGCAUAGUUUUAAUUUUGGUUUUCGUCGAAGUCACAUUCCAUACUAGAAAAAUAUAAAAUGGGAUACUGCAUUCAGCUUACCCAUUUAUAGCCGUCUAUAUUUCUACUAAAAUUAUUAUAUUUUAUGCAGUUAGCAACAUUGUAUUUGGUAAUAUGAAAUAUUGAGUUAAAAAUAUUGAGUUUGAAGUCUAUUUUUAUUCGAAACAGGUGCUGUGCUAUGUUUUGAAGUUUAAAUAUUAUCCUUGCCUGAUAAAAAAAAUUGAAAAUUAUUGAGACCAUAUUGAUAGUUCAUGUAAAAAAGUUACCAUCGACCGAGUUUUGCAUCAAUUUAUACAAAUUGAAUUAUUUUUACUGUUAAUUACUUUCUUAUGAUUAUUUAGUUUUACAAGAAGGGUUUAAGUUUUAAAAGCAAAUUAUUUUAUAACUUACGUCUUCAUUGCUCAGUGAAAUUCUCAAUACUUUGAACAAUCGAUGUGGACCAAGUGCCGUCAUGUUUUGUGAUAUUUCUUUAAAGACUGUAGUAAACGAAAGUAUUAACAUUUUAUUUUGUAUCUGUCGCUUGAGCAAAGUAUUGGGUCGGUGUUGUCGUGUCACGCUUGACGUUUGAAAUUGUUAUUUAUCUGGCAACACUACGGUGCAGUAUCUUACAAUAAAAUCGCGUAAUUUAUGAUAAUAUAGAAAUACGAUAGCAAAUUAUUAAUCUACAUGUAUUCAGUUUAGUCGAGAUGUACGUAUGUGUAAAUAGGGCGUAGUUGUUUAUCUCAUAUUCCAUAGGAAUUUAUUGUUACAUACCUUACUAAAAAUUGAGUGCAUCCUCUACUUUAACGCUACAUAUUUUGUUAGUUGUGCUAUAGGUACGUUAUACGUAGGUGCGUUCAGCAAUUAGAUAAUCGAUUGCCAAAUCAUUAUGUGCAUGCUCAGUGUAAACGAUUAAAUUAUAUUUUUGCUAUUUUAUUAAUAAACACGUAAAUGAAAUAUUUUGGUGAAAAUUUUAUCUUAAUAGCUAUUACAUUUAGUUUUAAAUGUUAGCUAUCAUUUUGCUCGUACUUUGUGCAAUUUUUUUAAUUACAAUGGCAACUUCUUGCCAUAAUUAAAAUAAUGUAUGGUUCUUUUUCAGUUCUUUUACACUGAUUUUCAAAUAUUAUUCUGUGAUGAAUGAACUGUUUUUAUAGUUUAUCGCUAGUAACAUUAAAUUUUUUAAAGAUUGUCUUGAUCUUAUUUUGAAUUUAUUUACUCAUUGAAAUCGUUAAGUUGUAUAUUUUAUUUGAUUAUGCUAAUCUAUUUUGUCUUAUGAUUUAUUUUAUGUAAAUAUUCACAUGCUAUUUUAUUUAGUAGCUCUGUCGUGCCUUGAGAUAUUCAGUUUAUUUAUGUGAAUAAAAAAUUAUUAAGAUUUUUGGUUUUUAUUUUAUUUUUCAUUCACGCUUGAUUCACCCUUCAUUUUUAUUUAAUAAAGUGUUUAAGAAUUCAAAUGACAAUACUAAAUUCCUAUUAUUAACAACCUAUAUAAAAUAUUUUCCAUUUAAAUUUGACUAAAUUAAAAUCCCGCAAGCAAUGGACGGUAGGUCUGUUGGGAGAUUAGUAAUAUCAACAAAAAUUAAGCAACUAAAAAAAAUACCAAGUACAUUUGUGCAAACCUUUGCAUUAGUCAAGACCUAUCGUCUAUUAUUUUCGCCAUGAUUCAUAAGUGGGGAUAAAACCAUACAAAAUAUAUCAUAUAUGGCAACAUCCACCUACUUCAAUGUUACCAUGUCCAUGCUUAAAAUUUCCCAUACAAGAACACAAUAUAGAUGUCUAGUUUAUUAAUAUGAACGUUUAUAUCGUGUAGAAUGUAGAACAGUUUUGUAUAUCGCAAAUAAUAUAUUCUUACUGUAAUUUUAUGUCUACAGCAAUAGUAGACAUACAUUGGUGUAGAUUCUCAAAUUUAUGUACCUACGUAUAUCUAGAUAACCUAUUACUAUAUAGAGGAGAUUAAUAUAUUUUUGUUAGGAAUGUUCUUCUCCCACUUAGUUACUACUAUGUUCUGAAUAGUAAAUAUAACGCUUACGAUAUUAUACGUGUGUUGUUGAAACGUAAUUAGCAACGGUUUAUUGUGUAUAAAAUAUAAUAAAUACCUACUCAAAGUUGA